CUAAUUUUUUUAAACUGCUCGUUUCUAUGGUCUCUUUACCAUGCUUGCAGUAAAUAAUAUAUCAACAUUACCCUUAAACUAACAACUUUGGUUCAAGUUCGGCUUAUUGUUAAAGUUAAUCAUGAACGAAGAUGAAAUUGAUAUAUCGUCUUCAUCUUCAUCGUCUGCGUGCUCAUCAAGAUCUACAUCUCCAACCAGGAGUAAACAUCGCAUGUCUACAGACAAUGUUCAAAUUGAAUCCACCUUAACUGAUGAUCACGAACUUUUUGAUUUGGAUGUCGAUUCAUUUGCUCAUCAACAAAUCAUCAAAACAGCUGGAGAAAUCGAUUUGGAUGAGCUACCUCCUGUUGAACCCUUAGACUUGAAGGCUAAUCUAGAAGAUUUGGAUCAGAUUGGUAGAGUUUCUAGUAUAACAGGUAAAUUGGUGAUUGUUGUUUCUUUCAAAGGUAAGCCUCCAUUAGACAUUGAUUCAGUUCUAUUUCUUCGUGAUUCUUUGCCUUUGGGAAAGAUAUUUGAUACCUUUGGACCUGUUGUUGACCCAUAUUAUGCUGUUAGAUUCAACUCCAUUGAUGAUAUUGCAAACAGAGGUGUCAAAGUUAAUAGUCCAGUUUAUUUCAUUCCUCAUUGGCCAGCUCCGUUAACUAAUUAUGUUUUUUAUAAAGAUUUGUUGGCCAAUAAGGGUUCUGAUGCCUCAUGGAAGCAUGAUAAUGAACCUCCUGAAGAACAUAUUGACUUUUCUGAUGAUGAAGAAGAAAGAUUAUUCAAAUUGAAAAGGAAACUGAAGUCUGAUUCAAACGAAAGUGAAUCCAUUAAACGAACUCAUCAAUCAGAAGAAUUAGACAUCAGUGAGCCCAUGUAAAAUUUUCGCCUUGUCAUAAUCACUUUGUAAAAUCAACAUUAAGAUUGUUUAAUAUACCUAUUUUUAAUUACUUUUCUAUUUACUUUUUCAUCGAAUCUGAUUAAAUAUCAACUUGGAUUAUA